CCUGGAGUACUUUUUGGGCAAUUUGAGCUUUCAGUCGAUCUCCGGCAAACCCAGCCGACAUCUGGAGUGUGCUGCCUAGCGUUGGGAAAGCAGUUCUUGUGCCAACGGUUUACUCCCCCAGAGAAACCAGCGGUGUGUGUCUGUCAUCAGCUUCCGCCGUGUGUUUGUGGCUCGGGUGAGACAGAACAGGAAGACAGACGGAGAGAGACGUCUGAAGUGAGAGAGGAAACUGCUGUGGCUUCUUCGUUGGCCUCAGAAUGACUGAGUUCUGGGUUUGUUUCAGCUGCUGCAUUGCAGAGCAGCCACAGCCUAAACGGCGGCGACGGAUCGAUCGCUCCAUGAUCGGGGAGCCGACAAACUUUGUUCACACCACACACGUAGGCUCAGGGGACAUGGGUCUGGGACUGGCAUCAGUGGACCUCGUUCAGGCCCAGAUGAAAUCCAAAGGAGGCUACGUGCACGGAGGGUCCGAAGGUUCUCAGUUGUAACAAGCCCGUCAGUCUUGUGGAAACUACUGUUGUUGAUAUGAGGAAGCAUUUUCAAAAAGCAGUUCUGUCUGUAACGGACACAGGACCAAAAGAUGAAAACUACUGCUUUUCCAUAAUGUUGUGUAUAUAUAUUUUUAUUUUCCAUUCCUUUUUUUUUUUUUUUAUGAAAGCACUGCUAUCCAUUUGCUGCCAUAUUGUUGCACUGUAAAGAGUAACUGUUAAAAGUAGAGAAGAGGGUUUAGAAAGCUCAUAAUCUCAGUCAGACGGAUGCUUGUGUGUAUGCAUGAGAAUAUUUUCAAAAAUAUUUGCUGUCGUAGCCCAUUUGGAUGCCUGUAUUUAUUAUCUGAUUUGCUAACGGACCUCAUGGUGGCUGGGCCACGCUGGAGAUUUGGAACAUUCAGUUUCCUUCUUUUAUUCUCAGAGGUUUAUCAAAGGACAGGUAGAGGUAGCAAGGCAAAAAAAGCAAAAUGUUCAUUGUUUUAUUCUGAGAAAUACUCAUUAUUCUGAGUUGCUUUCAGGGUUGAAGAUUGCUGUUGUAAUAAACUUGAAAUGAGUAGAGUACACUGGACCACACAUUGUACACUCACACUUGCUUAGGAAUUUCGCAUUGAUUUCAACUGUUUUUUUUAUACUCAUUUAGAUUUGAACCAUAAUAGAAUUUUAAUAAACUAUGAACCUCCUAAUCUGCCUUUUGACGUCAUGUUUAUUUUUCCUCAUAGUGUGAUUUUAGCAGCUGCUACUGCAAACG